AUGUCGUUCGGUCUCAAAAACGCUGGCGCAACAUACCAGCGCCUGAUGGACAAAAUCUUUGCGGAAGAUAUUGGGAAGCAUAUCGAGGUGUACAUCGAUGAUCUGGUGAUUAAAAGUCCUGAGGAGGACCAAAUGUUAAAAGAUAUCGAGAAAACGUUCAACUCGUUGAGAAGCGUGAAUAUGAAACUGAAUCCAGCCAAAUGUUCCUUUGGUAUGGAAGAAGGCAAAUUCUUGGGCUUCGUGGUCACAAAUGGCGGCUUUAAAGUUAACCCAGAAAAAGUUCAAGCCAUAGAGCGAAUGCCGUCACCUCGAACAAUCAAAGAAAUGCAACGAUUGGUCGGUCGUCUAGCCGCGCUUAAUCGAUUUCUAUCAAACCAUGCGGCAAAGUCAUACCCUUUUAUCAGCACUCUGCGCAACUGCGUAAAAAAUCAAGAAUUCAAAUGGACGCCAGAGGCAGAAACCGCAUUUCAACAGAUGAAAGAAUGUUUGAUAAAGCUCCCUACUCUGACCGCGCCAUUUGAGAAGGAACCACUCAUCCUGUACUUGUCCUCUUCGGACAAGGCGGUUGGGUCGGUAUUAUUGGUGGAGAGAGAUGGAGUGCAGACUCCAAUAUAUUACGUGAGUAGGGUGCUUACCGAUCCAGAAACGAGAUAUUCAACAAUGGAAAAGUUGGUACUUGCGCUGCUACACGCCUCUAGAAGGCUGCGCAGAUACUUUACAGGGCACGUGAUCACAGUACUAACCAACUUUCACAUCGGCACAAUAUUGCAAAAACCAGAGACGUCUGGGCGGCCGUGCCCAGCCAUCAAGGGUCAAGUUCUAGCGGACUUCGUCACAGAAGUCCCAGUGGAUAAAAUCAAGGAUUGUGAGAUUGUUGAGACUCCCGUGAAAGACACGUCCAAUGAGUUAUGGUUGCUGUACACUGAUGGGGCCUCAAACGAAGAUGGCGCAGGAGCUGGAUUGUGCCUUGUGAGCCCUAAGAAACAUGAAUUUACAUACGCCAUCAAGUUGGAUUUCAAGAAUACCAACAACGAGGCGGAAUACGAGGCAUUCUUGGUAGGCUUGCGCCUCGCCGAAAAGAUGGGAGCUCAAAAUCUGCGAGCGCAUGUUGAUUCACUCUUGAUCGCCAGCCAAAUCAGCGGACUAUACGUUGCAAAGGGCGAAGUUAUGGCUUUGUACUUAGAUCAAGCAAAAGAGUUGCUUCAACAAUUCAAGUCCUACAAGGUAGUGCAUAUUAAUCGCUCAGAGAACAAACCAGUAGACGCCUUGAGCAAGCUCGCGUCAACUUCUUUUCAGCAUCUCGCCAAAGAUGUAAGAAUCAAAGUAUUAAAAAACCCGUCGGUUCUGCUGCAUCAAGUGAAUGUGAUAGAGAUAGGGCAAUCAUCUUGGAUGACCCCUAUAAUCCAGUAUUUGCAAGAUGGAAUACUCCCUGAGAGCAAAGCAGAGGCAAGGAAAAUUCAGAACAAGGCCUUGCAUUAUGAGAUGAAUGGCGAUAUCUUGUACCGAAAAUCCUUCUUAGGGCCACUCUGCGUGGACCCCCAAGAUGCGAAUUACUUGGUUAGGGAGAUUCAUGAAGGAAUCUAUGGGAUGCACGUUGACGCUCUAAAGGAGCUGCGCAAAUGCGACUCCUCUCAAAGGCACUCCCCAAAAACCCUGCGCCCGAAAAACGAUCUUAUCCCUGUAUCCACUGCCUGGCCUUUUCAGCAGUGGGGGAUCGAUAUGGUGGGCCCUUUCCCCGAAGCUCCUGGUGCCGUCAAGUUCAUAAUCGUGGCUGUCGAUUACUUUACUAAAUGGGUGGAGGCCAAAGCUCUCGCCUCAACUACUGCAAUGAUGGUACGCAAGUUUAUUUGGGAACACAUCAUCUGCAGGUUCGGUCUCCCACUCAAGAUUGUAACCGACAAUGGCACCAACUUUGCGUCUGACGACCUCCAGAAGUGGAUGAAAGAGAUGAAAAUCGAACACACCUUCUCCUCCGUUGCGCACCCUCAAGGAAACGGGCAGGUUGAAAGUGUAAACAAAAGUAUUGUCGAUGGGAUAAAAGCCCGACUGGGCACAAAGAGAAGAGGAUGGAAGUCAUAG